UAUGGAGGAGGACUUGGCGCUGUCCUACAAGCUGCAAGAGGGUGACACGACGGCUUGCCUCGCGACGGGCUUCAGCAGACACAACGCCGCGUAGAAGUCGGGAAAAAGACGUAUUCAAAGAAACGCAUGCGGCGCUGCUCUUGGCGGAGCACGCCGACUUGUGCAAGAAAGGAAGGGGAACGGUGACCAACGCUAUGAAGUCAUCACCAUGUGACGUCUGCCUCCUUUUUGCCGCCACAGGUGAGAGCGGCCCAGGGUGGGGCAAGGACGCCUUGGCGCCAGUGUGCAGAAGUUGGGGGUACAUGACUUCCAGUCAGAUGUCUGAAGGGGUACACGACUGUGAAAAGUUUGGCUGCUGCUGUUUGCUGCCACUGUUCUCAUCAUGGUGCAGCAGUAUUAAGCGUUGUCGUCCAUCGUCAGUCUUGUUAUGGACACGUUGUCGACGUCCGGGUGUCGUAGCGACGUUCAGGAAUGUUGUGCUGUUGCUGGUAUGAACCGAGGAGGCUGGCGUUCUGAUAGUCGGUACCGGUGUACGUAAAAGGUACUCGCUAGGGGUAUCAUAGUUACACCUGAGCAUGACACGUUCAACCUCUCGUUGACGGACAUCAUCCGUGCUGGGACUGAUGUACUCCGCUGCCAAAAUUAGAUAAAAUAAAAUAAGAUGUAAGAUCAGAUCAGUCUGAAGCUCACCACAGACCAGAGCAGCAAGUCUUCAUGUCUGCAUGGAGUUCCUCAGUCAGUUUUUAGAUGUGUUAGCCCCGCCCCGAAAGUCGGUUCAUCCCUCCUUGAAUGAGUGGUCUUCUCUGUGAGGCCACACCCCAUUUGACCUGAGGGCUUCCAGGUUUUUUUUGUGAGUGUGCAGCAGAGUUGUCAAUUAUUGUGGUCUGCAGGGCGCAAUAGAAGAUUGAGUGGUUCGGCUGCAUGUCUUGGAUUUCCAGAGGAGCUCGCUGGAUUUUGAUGCUGCAGUUGAACCUCUCGUUGCUCUCAGUCUUGCCCUGACCAAUCCUGAAGCAGCUCAGGAUGAACUCUGGUGCCACCUGCCUGACUUGUUUGGUUUCUUUCUUUGGAAGCUGCAGUUCACGCCUUGCAUGUCCCCCGCCAGCUAGUGCGCCGUCUGGCCACUACUUCCUGUCGGAGGACAACAAAGGGGAUCAGACGUCAUUUGACCUGACAUAGUUCACCUCACGUGACUUUACCAAGCCUCCAGGAAGCCAUUAGAGCGCACACACACACGUUUAGAGUGUUUCCCCCUAAUGGAGGCAGUGAGGUUAUUGUGCAUACACAUGCACUGUCACAGUCACUAUGGGCCGCAGAGCACAGUAGAUGACAACAUGGGGGUGCAGGGAAGACCACCUCAGGUCCACAUGGAACGUCUUUGUACUUGCAUAAUGUCUGAUCAGAGCCGUUUUACUUCUAUCUCCUGCACCAAUGAUAACACAGAAAGGUGUUUUGAUGGUCAAAUAAUACAGUGAUACUAUAUAUGGCAUAAUAAACUGUUCAGUUGAAAAGCUAAAGAUUAAUUCAAAAACACAGUGAGAAGGAAAAUGGCAUGUUUAUGCAUGGCAUGUUUAUGCAUUCUAUACACAUGCAAGUACUGCUCUCAAAGCAGUAUGUGUAUAAUAUAGUUUGAUUUUAGUUGACGCCAAGAGGUGACUCCUUAUAGUUUAAACAAAUACCACUAAAACACAAUCAACGCAGAGGGGCAAAGUCUCAAAAGUCCGUCAACUACAGUAACAGCCACUGACACCGAUAGACGCCGCACCGAGUGGGGUUUUCCACUGCUGCGAUACGUCAACGUCGCCGCCAUAUUGAAUGUGUAAAAGAUGCGCUAUAAAUGACUACAAGUACAUGUACUGACUUUCAUGAAGCGCCUUUGUACAAAGACAUUUAAAAUAAUUACUCCCGCUUAUACCUUCAAACACGCACUACUAUACUUGAGAAACAGUUAGGUACCAAAAACAACCAAAAUCACAUUGUCCGACAGUAACUUAGGUUUAACAUUAAGUUUAAUGAACUUCGACGGUGGUGUGCAUCAUAAUGCGGUACAGCUACAGUAAUAGAAGCACACCACAUGCUAAUACUUGUAGUUCGUGUGCUACUUAGCGUUUGGUAACGUUGACGCUCGAUAAACACAUUUUCAGCCAUGCGGUCAUCUUACACCAGAAACGAAGCCGUUAUAUCACUGAAUUCACUUAUAUUUGUAUUUUCAGUUAGAAACAGCUACAUUAAGCACGUUAGCUAACGCUAGAACUGCUAAAUCGUCUCCCAUUCAGAUAACUUUAGGGAGGGCCCGAAAGUUGACGUAAAAACAAUGGCAAUAACAUUCACAGCGAGUAUUAUGAUAAAUUAAGCGGUUACUUUUAAUAUUUUCCACGCUUCAAGAUGCUGUUGGAUAUGCAGACUGUUCUCCUGAUGUAUUCAACUGUCUUUUGCCCACUGAUGACGUCACACGCUGACUAUAGUAAUUUCAAAUCAUGGCGCGUUUGGCCAGCGCAGUCCACCCUUUAACAGCCCCGAACCAAUAAUUUAGACUGUCAGCCUGACUGCCAGGGCCGCAAACUGUACACAUGCGUAUGCGUGACUGCUACGCGAUUCUGGCGACUUGUGGGCGGAUCCGGCACAGUAUCAGCUGCUGGGAAGUACAAACAUCACACAGUUCGAUACACAAAAGUAGCUUUCAUUUUUUUACAAUAAAUCUAAAAUGUUAUUUUUCAUGUUGCUUAACGAUGCCACCAACGCCUUCUACAGCUAGACUCUUUGAAAUUCUGGGAAUGUUUAGAAUUGUGGUCGUCACUUCCUGUCGGGGGUAACGUUUCAAGAGCCGCCUCCAAGUAUCCGGAAAGGACACCACGCCUUGUUCCUUCGUGUCGCUUGCAGUGUGCUGGUACCCAAGAUGUUCCCGCCGCUUCUUUGGACACUGCUGCUCGUGCUCGGGCUCGUGCUCGUGCUCGGGCUCUUCGUCCGGCGUCGUAGGAGACGUGAUGGUGAGCCGCCGCUGAUCAAUGGCUGGAUUCCUUUCAUCGGGAAAGCCUUGGCGUUUGGGAAAGAUGCUCACAAGUUCCUUGAAGCGCAGAAGAAGAAGUCAGGAGACGUUUUCACUGUUCACAUUGCAGGUCGAUAUAUGACCUUCUUCAUGGACCCUCUGAUGUACCCCGCCAUCAUUAAACAUGGCCGACAACUCGACUUCCACGAGUUCUCCAACAAGGUGGCGCCGUUCACCUUUGGCUACCCGCCCGUCAUCGGCGGGAAGUUCCCCGGUCUGGCCGAGCAGAUCAGACGCUCCUUCCAAAUGCUCCAGGGAGACCACCUGACGGUGCUGACGGAGAGCAUGAUGGCCAAUCUCAUGAUGGUCCUUCGCCAGGACCACCUGAGCUGGGGCACCACCUGGAGGACGGCCGGACUGUACGACUUCUGCGGGUCCAUCAUGUUUGAGGCCACCUUCCUCACCCUGUAUGGACGCCCGGCGCAUGCUGUCCGCCACAGCCGCAUGGCGGCACUGAGGGACCACUUUUUCCGCUUCGAUGCUGUCUUCCCGCUGCUCAUUGCUCAGAUUCCCAUCUGGCUUCUGGGGCGCACACAAAGCAUCCGCGACGAGCUGAUCCGAUUCUUCCUGCCACAGAGGACGUCCAGCUGGUCCCACGCCUCACACUUCAUCAAACGUCGGUCUGAGCUCUUCGAGCAACAGCACUUAUUGCGGGAUGUUGACAAAGCGGCACAUCACUUCGCCAUCUUGUGGGCGUCUGUGGGAAACACGGUGUCAGCCGCCUUCUGGGCUGCGUACCACCUGCUGAGUCAGCCGGUGGCGCUGGUGGCAGUCCGUCGGGAGAUCCAUGACGUCCUGAAGCAGGGCGGCAUGGACGUCAGUGGUGAUGCUGAUGUGAUGAUCAGCAGAGAUCUGCUGGACAAGCUGCUACAUUUAGAGAGCGCCAUUAAGGAGAGCCUGCGCCUGUCGUCGGCGUCCAUGAACAUCCGCGUGGUUCAGGAGGACAUGUCUCUGUGUCUGGACGCUGAGCGCAGCGUGUCGGUCAGGAGGGGUGACAUCAUCGCCUUGUACCCUCAGAGCAUGCACAUGGACGCCAACAUAUACGAGGAGCCGCAGAUGUUUCGCUAUGACCGCUUCGUACAGGACGGCAGGGAGAAGGCUGACUUCUUCAAGGACGGGCACAAGCUUCGCUAUUUCCUCAUGCCUUUUGGAUCAGGAUCGUCCAUGUGUCCUGGACGCUUCUUCGCCAUUAACGAGAUUAAACAGUUUCUCUGUCUCCUGCUGCUCUACUUUGACCUGGAGCUGGAAGCAGGGCAACCCGCAGCCCGCCUUGACACCAGCCGGGCAGGCCUCGGCAUCCUGCAACCCGCCAACGACGUGCGCUUUCACUAUCGGCUGCGAAGCAACAUGUGUUAGCAUAAUUUGUUAGCAUCGUGUGUUAUCAUCGUUUACACAACUUGGACUUGGCAAAUACACAAAAAAGGGAUAAUUUAGUUUUGUGCGUUGACAAAUAGAAAUGUGAAAAAGCCAUGUGGAAACAGUUUUAAUGUUUGUUGUAUGUAAAAUGUUUUGAAUUAACAAAUAUAAUCUGAGCUCUUUAAAGUACAAUUAAACGAGCUGCAACGCUAAAAUAACUUAAUCUACCAUGCUUAAAAACCUGGGGAGGACAUACAAGCUAAGCUAAUCGAAUGUUGCUAAUGUUAGCAUGACACGAAAGCGAAGACUUGAGUGGGAAAGAUUCUUCCAAGUGAGAACAGGAAAUCAAGCUCCCAGCAGUAUUCCAGAGAAGAAAGAGUCUGUCAGGAUGCUGAUGGCCGAGCCGGUGCCGUUGUCCACAAAGACGGACGCAUACUCGCCAGCCUACAACGCAAAUAAAAUGGUGUCUCA